ACAUCCUGAAAGAAAAACCCAAGCCAGCCUUAAUGCAAUAUCCUGAGCAGCUCCUGCACAUAAGAGGGGGCCUGACUCCUGGAGAAAUUUGAUCCUGCAAUGGGCCCUUUAAAGGAAUAUGGGAUGAGUCUGUUGAAUGGAGCUGCAGAGUGAGUCCCACUGAAGUCUGCGCUCCAAGAGAAAGCGAAGGACAAGACAGCGGGACGAGUCAUGAAACACUGAGAAACAAAUGAAUGAGAAACGAAAGCGGAGAGAAAGUGGACGGACUGAAGGAGAAGUUAUGAGCCGGACUGCGACGAAUUACCGGGGAAAGUGUCCGUGAGCGGAGGAAGCCGACUGAGGGGGGAGAGACAACAAAGUCACAAGUACGCCAGAGUCCAGAGGCAGAGCAGCUCUGAAUCCUUGCCAUGGCGGAUGUUCUUGAGAGUGGCGGGUCAGGAGCCGUCAGAGUGGCCAGUGUGGAUUGGCAGAAACGCUGCAUUGCUCUGGAGAUGCAGCUGCUGAGGUUCCGGCUCCAAGCGGGGAAAAUCCGAGAACUGCUGGCAGAGAAGAUGCAGGAGUUGGAGCAAAGGGUGACAGAGGCCGACCAACGAGCUGAGAGUGCUGAGAAACAGAUCCAUGUCAUGGAAGAAAAGCUUAAGUCUGCAAACAUACAGACCAGCGACUCGGAGAGCUCCUUGUACAGAAAGUAUCAAGACCUGAACAGUCAGGUUCAAGACAAAGACGAUGUGAUAAAGAGAUUAGAGAUCCAGCUGGAAAAACAGAUCUUAGUCAGAGCCCAGGAGGCAAAAAGUAUUGAGGAGAAGGCUGCCAAGAUUAAAGACUGGGUCACCUUUAAGCUUAGAGAGAUGGAGCUGGAGAACCAGCAGCUGAAAAUGGCCAACCUGAAGCAGUCUGAACAGAUAAUGUUGCUGCAGGACAAACUACAAGUUCUCUUCGAGAAACCUGCAUCCUGUGGAUCUCCCACCACCUCCCCUGUAAUGGAUACCCACCUGGUUCCUAGCAGUCCGCUGUUUCCUCCCAGCUGCCCUGGCACACCUCCUGCCCAGGACGACAGCUGGAGACAGACAGGUCCUCGAGGGGCCGCCUCGAAUAUCAAGACCUCACUAACAGAUGUGAAAAAGUCACCUGAACAGUCCAGUAAAGGGAUUUGUCUCGGAGACCUUGCAGCCCACGAUGCCCUCUCUCAGAGCUGGAGCAGGGAAGGUCCCAGCAGCCCUGUUUCCAUCAGUGGACCAGAGCUUAUAGUGAUUCAAGAGGGUCCUUUGGGGGGCUCUGACAGGGACAACUCCUCCGAUGAGCUCAACAGCAAAUUCCGCUCUCAGUGCCUCCAUUCGUCCUCAUCUUCUUCAUCUUCAUCCUCAGCCUACGAGAUGGCUCAUGGACCGAGCUCUCUGGAACCCCCAAUCAGAUUAACACCCAAAAGCCCGCUCCUGUCGCGCUCCCCUUCCACCAACAACCCUUUCCCCAAUCCUCAGAUUCACCUGUCGGGCACCAGCAUGACGCUACCUAAAGUACGGACUCCGCUCACCCCCCGAGACAGCAUCCAGCUGGUUAAGAAGCACUAUAGCCAGCCGCAGCCCAGCCUGGACAGACUCCACCACCUUAACGUUAACAUUGACAUCAUGACCCCAUCUUCCACCUCCUCCACCCUCAAGAGCACAGGCACUGCCACCUCGCCAUUCUCGCAGCUUAUUGAGGAAACCGAUAUCGAUGAUGGGCCUCCUGAUGGCAUGGAGGGGGUGGUGGAGGGGUCUGGAUUGGAGGAGACAGCCCGGGAUGGAGUCUCCUUUGUGGGACUCGCAGAAGAACUGGAGCGGCUUGAUCCUGAGGUUCUAAAGCCACCAACGCCUCCUUUGCACCGCUUCCCUUCAUGGGAGAGUCGGAUCUAUGCGGUGGCAAAGUCAGGAAUGAGAGUGUCAGAGGCUGGUCCUGGAGCCAGGGGCCUAGGAAGAGUGUCAAACUUGCCACAGUAUCCAGUUGCAGGUCCAUUCACCCAGCUGAUCUAUAAGAAUAUAAAUGUACCAGUAUAUACCACACUGAAAGGGAAAGCCACUCAGAUCAGCAGUGUACCUCUGCCUGACGAUGACUCUGGCUCUGAGGACGACAGCAGCUCUCUGGCCAGUUUACGGACCUCCAUCCUGAGUCCAGACAGGAAGGGGAGUGUCCCAGGGAGCCCACGUGCUGUGAAGAGAGGUGUGUCGAUGUCCUCCAUUAGCUCAGAGAGUGAUUAUGCCAUUCCUCCUGAUGCAUAUUCCCUGGACAGUGACUACUCUGAACCAGAACACAAAGUCCAAAGAACCUCCUCCUACUCCUGCGAGAGCACUGGGCCUGAGAUGCUGGAGAAGUCUGGGUACCUGCUGAAGAUGGGCAGUCAGGUUAAAGCCUGGAAGCGUCGCUGGUUCAUCUUGAGGAAUGGAGAGAUUCUCUACUACAAAUCUCCUAGUGACGUGAUCAGAAAACCUCAGGGUCAGAUUGAGCUGAACUCAUCCUGCAGUAUAGUUCGUGGAGAAGGAGCGCAGACAUUUCAGCUGAUCACAGAAAAGAAGACCUUCUAUCUGACCGCAGAUUCACCCAAUAUCCUGGAGGAGUGGAUCAGGGUUCUGCAGAACAUACUCAAAGUCCAGGCCAGCAGUCCUGUUACUGUGGAGACCACCGCCAAGCCCACCACGAGAGGUUGGCUCACAAAGGUCAAACAUGGACACUCUAAGCUGGUGUGGUGUUCUCUGGUUGGAAAAGUCUUCUACUACUACAGAAAUCAGGAGGACAAACUCCCUCUGGGUCAGCUUCAGAUGCGAGAGGCCUCCGUACAGGAAGUGGAUCGAUCCUGUGACUCAGACGAGGAUUACGAGACCGGCAGUCGAGGUUUCCUCUCCUCGCACUGCACUCUAGUAGUCCAACCCAGAGACCAGAGUCCAACAUACCUGCUCAUUGGCACCAAGCAGGAGAAGGACACAUGGUUGUAUCACCUGACUGUUGCUGCAGGCAGCAGUGCAACCUUUAAAGUGGGCACAGAGUACGAGCAGCUCAUCGGUAAACUGCUCGAUGCUGAGGGAGACCCAGAAUCCGCCUUGUGGAAGAGCGAGGCCUUGAGCUUCUGUAAGGAGGGUCUGCGCUCGCCUCUCACCACGCUGCCCUCUGAAGCUCUGCAGACAGAAGCUCUCAAGCUUUUCAAGUCCUGUCAGCUCUUCAUCAACGUGCUGGUCGAGUCUCCAUCCAUCGAUUACCACACCUCCCUGGCCCAGAAUGCUUUGCAAGUGUGCCUGACCCACCCUGAGCUGCAGAACGAAAUGUUCUGUCAGCUGAUCAAGCAGACCAACCAGCGGACGCCACACAACUACUCCCUGACACAGUGCUGGCAGCUGUUGUCUCUGUGUGUGGCUCUGUUUCUGCCUCAACAACACUUUCUCUGGUACCUGAAACAGUAUCUUCAGCGUAAUGCUGACCCCAGGAGUGAGGUGGGGAAGUAUGCUGUGUACUGUCAGAGGUCUGUGGAGAGAACUCUGCAGAAUGGAGAGCGGGAAGCCAAACCCUCACGUAUGGAGAUUGUGUCCAUCCUGCUGAGAAACCCUUACCACCACUCACUGCCAUUCAGCAUCCCGGUGCACUUCAUGAACAACACCUACCAGGUGGUGGGUUUUGACGGCUCAACCACGGUGGAAGAGUUCCUCAACACGCUGAACCAGAGGAUCUGUGUGAGGAAGCCUCAGCUGUCCGGCUUUGCCCUCUUUACUGAUGAUCCAUCAGGCAAAGACCUGGAGCACUGCCUGCAGCCGUCUGCCAAGAUCUGUGAUGUCAUUUCUAAAUGGGAGCAGGCCCUAAAGGAGCUGCAUCCUGGGAAAAAUGAGGGGACGAGGAUUGUCCGCUUAACGUACAAAAACAGGUUGAGCUUCAAAUCUCAGGUGAAAGGAGAGACAGAGCGAGAGCGCCUCCUGCUGGCGUACCAGGUGAAUGAUGAAGUUCAACAUGGACACUUCCCUGUGAACAAAGAGCUGGCUCUUGAGGUGGCUGCCCUCAUGGCACAGGUUGAACAUGGUGACCUGGAGAGGCCAGCUGUCUCCUCUCCUCCCGGCUCUCCUCAGCAUAAAUCUCAGCUGACCCUCCUGCAGGCCUUAGAGCGCUUCUACCCCAAACGCUACAAACAGGACUGCAGCUCAGAGCAGCUCAGAGAUCUUACCGAGCGUCUGGCCACUAAGUGGUCUAUGCUACGUGGAUGCAGUGCAUCCGAGUGUGUGAGAAUAUACCUUACUGUGGCCCGGAAGUGGCCGCUGUUUGGAGCUAAACUCUUCAGUGCCAAGCCGGUCCCACCCUCACCUGUAGAGCAGAGCCAGGUGUGGCUGGCAGUCAAUGAAGAUGGACUGUGUGUGUUGGAUUAUACAAUGCACACACUGAUCACAUACUCCUACCAGUCUGUGGUUACCUUUGGCGGUUGUCGUGAUGAUUUCAUGGUGGUCACGAGCCAGCAGAGGGAGCAGGGAGGAGGGAAGAAGAGCGUGGAGAAGCUGGUCUUUGCUAUGGCUAAACCAAAGAUCCUGGAGGUAACUCUGCUCAUGGCCAGCUACAUGAACCACUGGAACCCAAACCUCCCGUCGGCCUCGCACCACCAGCCGCUCGGCCACUGGGACGGAGACAGCCGACACUUUCCCGCCAUGAACUACACCACCAAGGGCCCCACUUUACUGUGAAGACCAACACAGACUGUUUGACUACAGGGAGGCCUGAUGACAACAGUAACCUUUAGUCGGCUUCACAUGGAGCGUGUCAGGUUGCAUGUGAGGGUUUGACAUUUUUACAGAACAGGCACGAGAAGAUGAUUUUUUAAAGUCUUUUUUUUAUUGAAGAUUUAGAUUUAGAAAAGUCAGGAUCAGUCUUGUUAGACUAUUUAUUGCUACAACAAAAGAGUCUGUUAACUCUGCUUUAUCUAGGAGUCAGAUCAUGCUUGAAUUCCAUGGGGAAAUUUGGCAUUGGAAUUCAAAUUUUUAAAGGUCUGAGGACUUGUUUUUACCUGCAGUGGGUUCCUUUUUAGUCAAAUUUUCAGCAUGUUUUUCCAGUUUUCAAAUCAGAUUAUUUUCUUCAUGAAAACGAAGCUGUUGCCUGCGAGAGCUUGCCCAGAGGAAAAUUUUACUGCUCAAGGCUUUCUCUUCUAAGUCUCUGGAGACAAAAUUGAGAUUUUCACUUCAGCCUCAUUCAAGUUUCAAAUUGUUCUCAUUGGUUUCUCUUUAGUGUCUCCUAAAAUUCACUAGGAGAAAUAGUUGAGACCAUGACAUGAGUCUUAUUUGAGACUUAAAUGAGAGAUCUCAUUAAUGGGUCUUUUUUUUAAAGAUAUAUUUUUGGCCUUUUUGACUUUAUUUGACAGGACAGCUGAAGAGAGACAGGAAAUGUGGGGAGUAGUGAGCGGGGGAAGACAUGCAGGAAAUGGUCGACCGGCCGGGAAUCGAGCCGACGACCCCUGCGACGAGGACUGUAGCCUCUGUAUGUGGGGCACUUAGACCGCUAGGCCACCAGCGCCCUAAAGAAUCCACCAGCACCCAAAAUAAUCCACCCCUUUAAUUGUAAUAAUCUGGCUAAAUCUGGUCAGCCCUUUUGCGGCCCAUAUUUUAAAUAAAUGGUCUGUCAUACCUGGAGAUAUGAAAUCUCUAUCUUUUGCAAUUUCUCUCAAAGACACUAAAUCUUUGUGAAGUUGUUUUGUUCCAAACAGACUUGUAAAGGAAUGACUAUACUGUGAAGUCAAAGAAGAGAUCAUUUGACAUCUAAAUAGUUGAUCUUGCAAGUGGUUCAAAUGUUUUAAUGAGAAUUGUAACUUUGUGGACAAUUACAUUGAAAUCUUAAUUUUGCAGGGCACUAUAAAUGUGCAUGAAAAGAUGAGCUCAGGCUCUUUCUUUGCUCCAUCUGAGCUCAACUUGAGACUCAAAAACUGAGUCUGACAAAAACAAAUGGAUGAGGUUAGAUUGAGACAAUUAAGAGAGCUCCCUGAUUUCUCCACCUGAGCUCAAAAGGAGUCACAACACUUGAGAAAUACCUGAGAAUCAUUUCAGAUUUUGAUGAGAUCUCCUUUUGAACUGAAAGGGAGACUAAGCUCAAACUUUUUGCAACUUUUUUUUUUGAAGGCAAGAAUGAGAAACAGGAGACAUAAGCUGUAGUCUCAUUUUGCUUUCAAACAGAUCUCAUUGUUGUCUAGGAGACAUAAAUGAAACACUUUUGAGAUCUCCUGUCUAAAUUUCUUUUCCUCUGGGUGGUCUCACUGGAUCACAGUGCUGUGUGUCACUGUGUAUUAGAUAUGACAACUCACCGUAGUUAGAAAUAAGAGACGUGCAAUUAGAAAUGGACUAACAUGGCAUGAGGUACUUCAAUUUCAUAGUUUUUAGUAUCUUAAUCUCAAAUCACCCUAAUCUAGAGAUGCAACAAACAUUUCUUUCUCAGUGUAUUGAUUGAAUUUUUGGUCCAUUUAUUGUCAGAAAAUAAAAAAGGUCUCCUGAAAGUUUUGUACAACCCAAGUUGGCAAAGAGUAUAAGUUUCAUAUGGAGAACUCUAGACAGAAAGGGGCAAAUAUUUACAUUUAAGCUGCUAGAACCAUUAUACUUUUAGACUUAAAUGAAACAUUGGCUAUAAAAUUAGUUUGAUUUAUGAAUUAAUCCACCCUACCUUGCUGAAAUGUGGUUGCCUUAUAAGUAAGAGUUAUGAGAAAUAAGAUUUGAUAAACCUUUGUAAUAUUUUUUGUUGAUUUUAAGAUUAAAGUUAUCAUUUAGGUCACUUAUCUAGAGUAGUAUUAUAAAAAGAAAAGUGAGGCCCGUAUCUGCUUUUCUGUAAAGUCUUUUAGGUACACAAAACAGUAAGUUACAGUGAGACACUGUCUGAAUGAAGUGUUUCAGCAGCACAGGCUGUUUGUGUUUACUUUGCUCAUGGUGCUCUAUGAACACAUUUGAAACUGUCACAGCGUGCAGCGUGUUGAUCAUCAGAUUACUGAGUUCUUUAUAAUCAACAGAAAAAGGAGGAGUCCAUUAUUGAAAAAAGAGCUACCAGAAUAUUUGAAUGACUUGAACUGUUUUGGAUCAAACCACUUUUUCACUAGUGUCCAUAUUAGUUAUUUAUUUUAAUUUCAACUUUUUUUUUUUUGCUUACAUUUUCCACGUCUGUCACGUUUAAUGAGGAAAUGGUUCCUUUGUGUAGCAGAGUAAUUUAAGAGCAGAGUAUGUUUGGUUGUUGUAUCUGGACUAGGAUGCGUUGCAGAUGUUUGAGAGGUUGUGGUUUUUCUGUGUUGCCUGUAUGUGUGAGAUAAUAAAUGAAAUGGUACUA